AUCAAGAACUUAGUACUAGACACUACUCUUUCAAUACAAACACCACUUUUCCAUACUUAAAUUUAAUGCUACUUAUCUCACACGAUAUCUUGAAUGUUGUGUAGAAAGCAUGUCUCAUGUAAGACCUAGUUUCCUUCUCUUUCCUCAUUUAUUUACUUGUUACAUCAAUUUUCAUCGUUUUUAUUUAAUGCUAUGGACACCAUCCCCGUUAUUGGGUUGGGAAUGGCCAGUCGAAUUGCGAUGGAGUGCGCCCUCAGUUGGAUAUAAAAAUGAAUUAGUGGCCGAGAUCAGUAACAGCUAUUAAUGGUAGUUGCCAAUAAUGGAGGUUUAAUUUGGAAACAAAGGAAAGAACGGCCAUUCGCUCACCUCUCGAUCGAUCGACCUGCCAACAUCAACAUGCAAUCGGCCUCCUGUCCUGCUCCUGCUCUUGCUCUUGCCACCGGCCGUCCGGCUGAAAGGAAAACGAAGCAGCGAUUGAUAAGAGCAAGAACUACCACCUUGCAAUCGUCCGGCCUCCAUCAUCUCUUUAUCAAUUUGCUUCCGCACGACGUCGCGUACGUCUCGUCUCGAUCGAUCAACCUUAGUAGUAGGCAGACGGCAUACAUACAUCUUGCACACAUGGAGGCCUUGCCAGAUAUCUAUCCAUUGACAGGGUUGCAAAUCGGGGACAUGCAAUCUUACGUGUCACGGGCGUUCCUGUAUUUUGCACCUCUCAGCAAGAAGGUGUUCAUUCUGGUGGAUAACCAGCCAUGGCGGUCGAGCAAGCAAUCUCGAUCGGCAAGACUCUGGCAGUUCAUGGUGACCAAGUACAGGAUGUCUCCAUUCGCAAACUCGAGGGCGCUCCCUUGCUCCGGCCGGAACACCUCGAGCGCCACCGCCGCCGCCGCAGCAGCAGCCGACGGCGAGUGCAGCAUGGCGGCGCGGCGGUGGUUCGAGGUGGUGGACCUGAGGCUGGCGCUGCAUGGGUUCCUAGUGUUCGAGGUGUCGUGGAGAGACGUGCACGGCAUCAACUACCUGAACGAGCUGCUGACGGACACGUCGUUGGCGCUGGAGGCGAGGUACAUGAAGAAAUGGGAGUUCUACAGCGCGGAGCAGGCGGCCGGCUGCACCAAGCUCUGGUUCCUUGGCCGCGCCCCCGAGGCUGAGGCGCUGCGCGGCUACCUCACCACCCUCUACUCCCUGUCCCAAGACAACGUCGUUGAUAACGACGACAAGGACAACAAUAAUAUUAAUACUAGUACUAGUAAUAUGCGGCGGCUGAUUCAUCAACAGAUCCGACGUUCGUCGUCGUCGGAGUCGGACAAGAAGAAGGAGGACGCCGAUGAUGAGGAUGAUCAGGCGCCUUCUUCGUCUUCUUCCUACACCGACACGCUGAUCCUGCUCCGGUCCAGGGACAGCGCGCUGCCGAUGAAGCUGAGGCAGAUCAUCAUGUCGGACAUCCGGCUGCUGACGCUGCUGGAGUCUGGCCUGCCGUCGUGGGUCAUCUUCCUGCAGUCGUACCCGCUGCUGUGCCUGCUAUACAGGCCGUGGAUGAGGCCCCUGGCGCGGACGCUCUACCUGCUGGUCUCCCUGGCCACCGUCAUCAUCGGCUUCUACGACCUGUACAAGAACGUGCCGCUGCUCAAGGCCGCGGCGGCGCGCGUGUGUGGGCCGCUCUUCGGCUGGAUCGAGACGUGGGACAUGGUCACCCGGAUCCAGUACCUGGGCACCAUCCUCUUCCUCCGGAACCACCUGCGCAAGUGCCUGCAGGGGAUGGUGGCCCUGCUGCGCAUGGCCAGGGCGGUGCUCCGUCCGCUGUCGGCUCCGCUGUCGGCCAUCGCGGGGCCCCUCCUGGCCGCCUGCGGCGAGGUAUGCGAGCUGCUGGGCGACCUGGCGGAGGCGCUGUGGGCGCCCUUGGACGCCGUCCUGGACUGCCUCAACCCGCUGGUCCAGGCGCUGCUCCUUCCGCUGCGUUUCGCGGCCUCUCUUGCUUCCUGCGCGGGCUCGCUGCUCUCCAACACCUACAACUUCGGCAAGGACAUCUGGGAGACGGUGAGCAGCAUGUUCGAGCUCAACCACAUGGCCGAGGCGCAGCACAGCGCCUUCGACGUCUCCUUGCUCAAGUCUCUCUGGAACGAUCUCUUCUCCCAGAUCUUCCGGGCAAUCAGGAGCAUACUGAAUGGUAUACUGCUCUUCUUUGCAUCUUGCAACAGGCAUAGGCUCAGCAUCUACAACCAUGUGCAGGCAAGGCUGCGGCAUAUGCUCCACGUUUCUAGGUUGGCGCCCUAUUCAUGUCCAUGCAAGACCAAGCGCCGUCUGGAGGGACACGAUAAAGACGAGGACGAUGUUGUCGAAUGCGAUAUCUGCAAAUGAUCAAUCGAUUGUUGGAUGUCUACGUACAUGCAGCUAGGAUGACGCAUGCGCGCUCACGCAGGCCAGAAUUGAAGGAAAUCCCAUUUGUAUCAUUAGUUAGUCCUAUGCAAAAUUGUAUGAGAGGGAGAGCCGGAGAGGUAGAUAAUGUAGAUUCCUUUUGUCCUUAUGUGACGAUAAUUGUGCACACAUAUCCGUCAGUGGUUUGUUUCGUGAAGAGGUAUAUGGGUGUGUAAUUAAACUUGUCCAUCUUUUCCUGGACAUGCAAAUUAAUGUACAGAUGGGGAGUACCUCGUAACUGUUCAGUUU